UCUCCCCCCAAAACACCCUCUCCCUGUUCCUUUGCCUUGCCAUUCCAAGUUCUCCAACAUCACUCAAAAGUCUCCACCUUUAUUGCACUUGUUUUGGUGAAAUUUUACCAAUUUCGUGCUCUAAAGGCUUCGUUUGGUGUUUGAUUCCUGGAAGGAAUGGAAAGAGCUUGGUUGUUUGGAUAAAGUUUUCAUCUUUAAGUCGGAAAAACUGACAAAAAUAGCUCAAAGCUUCUAUCUAUCUUUAAAGACAGAGAAGACUUUGAGUUUGUUGACAAAAAUUGCAAUUGAAGCCAUUUUCUACGGCUUUUGGACCACAAAUUUGUUGAAUUUGGGGGAUUUUCGAGGUGGGUUUUGACGGUGUUGGGCGCUUUGAAGAAGAAGAUUUUUUUUUUGAGCUUGUUUGCCAAUGCAGACUCUGAUUCCUUGGAAGAACAAGGAUUAGGGGGAAAAAAUGAUGGAAAACAAGAGGGGCCCUUGGUCGGUUGAUCAAGGCAACUUUACUUCACUCUCAUCCAAACGACACAAAAGCGAUCUCUCAAUCUCAACCAAGGAGAGGAAAGAGAAGCUUAGUGAACGAAUAGUGGCUCUACAGCAGCUUGUUUCACCAUAUGGAAAGACUGAUACGGCAUCUGUCCUGCUCGAGGCCAUGGAUUAUGUACGUUUCCUUCACGAACAAGUGAAGGUAUUGAGUGCUCCUUAUCUGCAAAGUACACCGACAGCUAAAAUGCAGGAGGUUGAGCAAUGCAGUUUGAGAAAUAGAGGUUUGUGUCUUGUCCCAGUUGCUUAUACCAUUGGAGUUGCGCAGAGCAAUGGUGCAGAUAUCUGGGCUCCCAUCAAGACUACAUCUCCCAAGUUUGGGAACUCUUUCCCAUGAUCACAUUGACAUGAUUCAUACUAGGUUCCUUGAGUUAUGCAAAAUGGAUACAAAAUCCGUCAUGAUGUUAUUUAUAAUAACCAGUCGUACCAGGUGCAAUCCCUUUGAUUUUGAGCUGGUGAUGGGAUCAAGCGCAUCUGGUGUAUGAUAACAGGUACUUGUAUCGGAUUAUGCAAACAUGUAUAUGUCAUAGACAUGGAUUUGUGAACAAUCCUAACAACAAUUAAUUAGUGAAUACAUGGAGGGGGAAAUUGUCACUUCUUGUUUUA